AUGCCUUCCAGACAACUUUCGAUUGUGCCCCGUCUUGAGUGCAUCUUCUAUCUCUUCCCUUCCAGACGUGAAUAUCUCCAUUUGGCCAGUCGAUGCCGCAUGCUUUCCGGUGAACAUCUGACCCGAGCCAGCUGCGAUUGUUUCUGGCUCCAUUUUGACUCGCAUUCGCGACGCCGCCUCCCAGAACCCGUCCACAAAUCGCCGGACGAAGGCGGACAGCAACCGUCGACGGAGGCCGACUUCGACCGGCCUCCGGAGCCGCGAGAGGAGGAGACCAACUCGGAGCGAUCACGUCGUUGCCACGACAACAUGAAAUGGCAAUCGUGUAGGUGUUCCGGCGGCCUGGACAAUUUCAGGCCGCAUGGAAGUGGCUCCAGAAACAUGCAGAAAAGGAUCUGGCCAGACGGUAGAGAACAGGCCAGGUGUGAAGGAGGGGACUCGAUGAAGACGAAGAAGAGCGAGACGGCAGCAUGGCGUUGGGGCACAUGUGAAGGAGAGAGAGACUGGGAGGCCGGCCAGCAUUGGUCGAACAGGAGGGAAGAGGAGAGCGACUACCUCCCGCCGACGCUGUGCUACGCCCUUACGCAUCUGCUGGACGAUACCUUUCUGGCUCCAACCAGGGCCUGGGCCUAUCGGACACUAUCUCGAACACCAAACUUCGCUAUCCUCUCCGCCUCUUCCUCCUCCUCCUCCUCCUCCCUUAAGCUCUGCUCUCAACACACUCGUACACACACCUCCACUCAUCCACUCGUCCACGACUGGCCCCCCAGCCCGGUCGGCGACACAAGUGUUGUAAUCUGUGCGCAAACUCUCUUAAUUGUCGUCAUGACAACCACUGGGCUUUCGGAAGCCGAUCUCCUGCGAGCAGUGAAUUGGUUGCUAGCCAGUCCGCUCUACUGCACUGCCAACACUAUCACAGACGAGAUGUAUGAAGACUGUCAACAAGCCCGUCUCAGAGCACCAAGCUCUCCUACUACACUGCAGUGGACCGAUGCCAUGCGACGUCUAGGAGAAUGUAUAAAGGCCAGCCAGACUUCUCAAUCCAGAUGGCAAAUCGUAAACAUGACACAGGAAGCAUAUGAUGAGGGCUAUCAAAACAGGGGUCCGAAAACUGAAGAAAUCUUUGGGAACGAAGAAGAUGCUGGAAAAAGGACCUAUUCCUGUCGGUCAAGUUUGCAGUUGCACCAAUUGCUUAUAAAUUUCGUGAUGGAUACGAUGGGAUGGAGGAGUCAUUCGGUGGAGGAGUAUGAGUCAGCAAAAAAACAUCUAAACAGUGUAAGCAACAAAAGGAGUUUCAGAGACAAUUUUUCAGAGUUAGGCAAGCUUUUUAUUUUAUAG